ACGUAGCCCCAUAAGGUAACGCGCCUCUUCUCGUGGGGAGUGUUUCCGCCAUUUUUGAAAAUCGGAACGGUACCGGAAUAAGGGUAGUUGCCGCCGCGAUGGCAGCCUUUGCUGUGGAACCUCAGGCUCCGACGUUGGGAUCUGAACCAAUGAUGCUGGGUUCACCCACAUCUCCAAAGCAAGGAGUUAAUGCUCAGUUCUUACCUGGAUUUUUAAUGGGGGAUUUGCCAGCUCCAGUGACUCCACAACCUCGAUCAAUUAGUGGCCCUUCAGUAGGAGUAAUGGAGAUGAGAUCACCUUUACUUGCAGGUGGGUCACCACCACAACCAGUUGUCCCUGCUCAUAAAGAUAAAAGUGGCGCUCCACCAGUUAGAAGUAUAUAUGAUGACAUUUCCAGCCCAGGACUUGGAUCAUCACCCUUAGCUUCAAGAAGACAGCCAAACAUUUCAGUAAUGCAGAGUCCUCUUGUUGGAAUUUCAACUCCAGGAACAGGGCAAAGCAUGUUUAGUCCUGCAAAUAUUGGUCAGCCGCGAAAGACAACAUUAUCUCCUGCCCAACUGGAUCCCUUUUAUACUCAAGGAGAUUCUCUGACUUCAGAAGAUCACCUCGAUGACACCUGGGUGACUGUGUUUGGGUUUCCUCAAGCAUCUGCUUCCUAUAUAUUAUUACAAUUUGCACAAUAUGGGAAUAUCUUAAAACAUGUGAUGUCUAACACAGGAAAUUGGAUGCAUAUUCGUUAUCAGUCUAAACUGCAGGCCCGAAAGGCCUUAAGCAAAGAUGGGAGGAUUUUUGGAGAAUCCAUCAUGAUUGGUGUAAAACCAUGUAUUGAUAAAAGUGUUAUGGAAAACAGUGACAGAAGUGCUUUCUCAUCUCCAUCUCUACCCUUUACUCCACCAAUCAAAACCUUGGGUACACCAUCACAACCUGGAAGUACUCCUAGGAUUUCUACUAUGAGACCUCUUGCUACAGCAUACAAAGCUUCUACUAAUGACUACCAGGUUAUUUCUGACAAACAAACGCCAAAAAAAGAUGAAAGUUUUGUAUCCAAAGCAAUGGAGUACAUGUUCGGCUGGUAGUAUAAUAAGAGCUAAGAACUCAACUCACAAGGGAAGAGGUUACUACACUAAAACAGAGUUAGUAGAGUGCUGCUGGUUUCCUUUGGUUAGUUAUAUAACCACUGCUGGCCAGUACUGGAUAGCUAUCUUACACUUCUUUUAGAAAGAAGCCUUUUUCUUUAAGGAUACAGCCUAUAGCUCGCACUUUAAAAGAUGCUGGAGAUGGAUACAUAUUAAAGGAAACUAAAAAUCCCUAUAAAUAGGAUUUUGUGUUUUCUGUGAUAGUGCAUGCUUAAGCACAAAAACUCAGCAUUGAUUACUGUAAAGUCAAUAGUUGGGUUUGUGGUGAGGCUUUGUAGUCUUCAUGAGAAGUUGGGGUGAAUUUCAUGAAGGGGAAUUACAAGUUCUUCUACCAAGACACAAAGAUAAUUAGCAAUUUGAAUUAUGGUCUUUUAAUUUAGAUAGUAUUUAAUAUUUUAAUUAUCUUUGUUUGUGUAUGUCCUGUCGUGGAUUGUCAUCUUUCAGUAUUCUAAAACCAAAACGUUCUUUUUAAAAACCUACUACUAAAGUUUCUUGAUAAUAAACUUUGUCAACCUUAUAUAUUGAA